AUGGCUUGGGGUGCUUUAGAGUGGGGUGAUGGUUAUCAAUUAGCAAAUCAGACCCAAUAUUUGAGAGAUACGAUAAAAUGGGGAACUGAUUGGUUAAUAAAAGCCAGCUCGAAUACGAACAAUACAAAUAAUCAAUAUCUAUACGUGAUGAUCGGUAGCCUUGAUAUUGAUCAUAACUAUUGGGGACCUGAUACAAAUAUUCCUACUCCACGUCCAUCGUCAAAAGUGAAUUCCUCUGCUCAUGGUACUGAUGUUUCGGGCGAGGCGGUAGCAGCCAUGGCUGCAUCAUCUUUAUUAUUUUUUACUCAAUUUAAUGAUUCUACAUAUGCCAAUACGCUUUUAACAUAUGCGAAAAAUCUAUACUCAUUCGCUGAAACGACACCUUUCACGUUAUAUCAGAAUUCAGCACCACAAGUUAAAGACGCAUAUAGUUCUUCAAAUUAUACAGAUGAAUUGGUUUGGGGUGCCCUUUGGUUGUAUCGUGCGACAAAUGACACGAGCUAUCUUAAUAAGGCCACUAGUUAUUUAAACAUUAAAUCAUUUAUACAUAAGCAAGUAUUUAACUGGGAUGAAAAAUCUGGUGCAUGUUUAGUAUUGCUUUCUCAAUUACUUCAACAAUCUGGACAGGAUUCAGGCACAUGGAAGUCCGAGGCGGAACGAUACUUGGAUAAUAUUAUAAAGCCAUCUAAUGGUUGCUCAUUUACUGGUGGUGGUCUUUUUUGGUGCGAUGGAGAUAGUAAUGAAGCAUCAUUGAGCGUGUCUCUUGGUAAUGCUUUCCUGUGUCUAGUUUACGCACCAAUCGCUACUUCAUCUGCUAAGACUCAAGCAUAUAUAAAUUUCGCACUGUCACAAAUUGAUUACGCACUUGGUAAAAAUCCUAUGAACACACCAUAUGUCAUUGGUGUUCAUCCAAACUCGCCACAGAAUCCUCAUCAUGCUGGUGCGAGUGGAGGAACUGAUAUAUCUAAUUUGGAUAAUCCGCCUCAAACACUACAUGUUUUAUAUGGUGCAAUUGUAGGUGGUCCAAAUAAGGAUGACGAUUUUAGCGAUUCAAGAACUGAUUAUGCCGAAACUGAGCGUGGUGGAAAAGGCGAAGGCAAACGAAAUGUAAUGAACAAUACUCCUCAUAGUAGAUACUAUAAGGGAUUUUAA